AUGAUAGACAGAUCAUUUUUGAAGGUAUAAGCAAUUCAUUGGAUGUCGUUUUGUUACUCCAUAUAUUUCUAUAUUUCGGAUAGAAAUACAACUAAUUUAAUUUGUUUGGGAAUUAUGUGCUUGGUAUUUCCAGUGAUAAUAAUAUUUUAAUAUGCCAAAAUGCAUACAAAAAUCAUUGGAACCAUAUUUUGUAUUCAAAUAGAUUUGAUAUGCCUUAUAAUUCUGAAUUAAUAAAACUUAAACCAUGCUUCGUAUGCUUAAUUAAUAGUAUGUUAAUAUAUUUCGAAAGAUCUCAUCAAGAAGGUACAGACAUAAAACUAGCAUUCUAUAAGCAUGAUGUCCAUAUACUAUGGUUUGAUAGUAGUCGUAUGUAUAUUUCAAUAAAUAUAUUUGCAUACUCAGAACUAGUUUCUAUUAGAGUACCCACAAUUAAUGCUAUGUUUAUUGAUGUCUUUAUUGGAAAGCCUGAUAUUGAAAAAGAAAAAUUAAAGUUAGUUGAAUACAACAAUUCCAAUGGAUAUAGGACCAAUUCAGAAAAUAGAAAGUUUAGGAAAAAGAGCCAUUUCAGUUGUUGACAGUGUUAAAAAUUUGAUUUUAGAUCAAUCAAAGGAAAGCCAAGGAAUACUAUGCAAUAAUUUUAGCAACAUCUAAUAACAUUAUAUCAAUUCAGAAAUAAUUUAUAAUUCACUUGAAAUCUUACAAGAAGGUCUCAUAGUAUUAGACAUAAUAGAUGAAAAGACUUAAUAGUUUAAGAUAUAAUACAUGAAUAACGCGACUAGAAGUUUAUUUGGUAGAGAAUAGGAUGGAGAAAUCCUCUAUAUUUUGGAGAGUUUCAAUACAUUACAUAUUUAGAGUUAAGAUGUAUUGGAUGAUCCCAACGUAUAACAAAGACUAUCAAAUUUACAGUAUUCUCGUGUUAGCAAAUCCAUCUUUUUAUAAAAAGACUUGUUUACUUCAGUUAAAUAACCAUUAUUAGAUUGUCAAAUGUUCGAAAAAUAUCAAACAAUUAGUAUGAAGGAGCUUCUUGAGAAAAUGAUAAAGACAAAGAAAGCAGAUGUUAUAACAGUGAAUACACAUUUUAGUGGUAGUAUUCAAUUGAAUACAAAUAAAAAUAUAACAACAUCUCAAUCUAAUGGUGGAGGCUAAUCGAGACAGGAAUAGAGUGAAAGAUUAAUUGAAUUCACUUUAACUCUUACUAGGGAUCGAAGCAUUUUGAUAAUUUGUAGAGAUGUAACACAUAGAUAAAAAAUAAGAUAUUUGAGAGAUUAUGACAUUUAGAAAUCAAAGAUGCUGUCAUUUGUGAGUCAUGAAUAUCGCCAACCAUUAAGCUGCAUUAUUUAGAUGAUUGAAUGUGUGCUUAUGUAGCCGAUCAUAAUCUCAAAUACAGAAAUAGCAGACAAUUUACAAAUAGCGUUGGACAAUUCGAAGUACAUGUUGAAUUUGUCCAAUGAUUUAUUGGAUUUGGCUUAAAUAAAGAAUGGAAAAUUCAAAAUAAAGAAGGUAUCUUUCAAUUUUGAAAACCUAAUCAAUGAUUGCAUGAAAAUGUUCACUUUAAAAGCUAGAUUGAAGAAUCUGUAUUUAAUAAAAAAACUUAGUAAAAAUAUCCCAAAGUUCAUUGUAUCAGAUUAGAAUAGACUGAAACAAAUUAUUGUCAAUCUGCUAAGCAAUGCUUUCAAAUUCACUUGUAGCAAAGUAGAAAUCAUCGUCUCGCUUUAGUCUGCUUCGUUGAGAAUUGGAGUUAGAGAUGAUGGAAUUGGAAUUAGUAAAGAGGAUUAGUAGAUGUUGUUUAAGGCAUUUUCUAAGGUAAAUUCUGAAGAAAGCAGGAAAUUAAAUGAAUAAGGCGUUGGAUUAGGAUUGGUUAUUAGCAAUCAGAUUGCGUAGACUAUAGGAUGUAGUGGAUUGAACAUAGAAUCUAGAAAGGAUCAAGAUAAUCAUUAUUCCUUAUUCUAUUUCGAUGUGUUAAUAGAAUAGCCAGAAAAAAAGAAAGUGGCUAGUUUUAAAGUUCCUGAAAUCUAUCCUCUAUAUCAGGAAGUUGACGAAAUACUAACUUUCAAUCGCGAAUAACAGAAGAUAACUCGAGAUGUUAUUUCGAAAUGUUCUCAUUGUUUGAUUGUGGAUGAUGAGUUCUUUAAUGCCUACACCUUCAACUAAAUUUUAUAGGGAGUUCUGAAAAGCCAUUUUUAAUAAAUUGACAUAGAGACUGCCCUUUCUGGGAAGGAGUCCAUUGAUAAGGUGAAAAACAAAAAGUGUAACAACAAUUCAUGCCAAGGAUACAAACUAAUAUUCAUGGAUGUAGAAAUGCCCAUCAUGAAUGGAAUACAGACUACUAAAUAAAUAUUGUCUAUUCAUCCCAGCUAGAUCAUCAUUGGUUGUAGUGGUUAUACAGAUAACUAAGAGAAAAAGAAAUGUCUCGAUGCAGGAAUGUCAGAUUACAUCACCAAACCUGUCACCGAAACAGAACUUCAAGAAAUACUCAAGAGAUAUUUAUGA